AUGAUUGGGAGACCUUCCACGCCAUGCACCCCUGGUCAUAGCGAACUCACACCUCUGAGCAACUCCAACGACUCGAAAAAUAGGAAUCGCGACGCCGUUAGGCGGAGGAGGCCGAGGAGGAAGCCAGGAGGAACGUUGGCGGGUGGGGAAGCGGAACAGGCCCAUGGGGUACGAAGGAAGAAGGUGGAUGGUGCAGAAGCGGCGCAGAAGGCAGCAGCGCAACAUCAGGGCACAGGUGAGAGGCCGGAGGCGGCGGUGGUCGCGGUCGCGACGCCAGGGGCGGCGGCUGGCGAGGAGGAGGCGCCUGAUGGCGCUGCGGCGGCCAAGACGACGGUGGGGCAGGUGGGGCAGGGGGCAGACUCGGGCCAGUCUGACGGGACUGCCGCUGCCGCUGGCGGCGGCUUAACUUCACCGUCUGCCACCCCCCAGACUGCAUCGCGGCUUGCAGAGGAGCGGGUGCCGGUGUCGGAACAGGGGCUGCCCGUGGAGGUGGGGCUGGCGGCAUCCCCCGCCCCGGUGGCUGCGGCUGAGAUCGCGGCGGUUGUGACUGCUGCGGCUCGGGGACGGGAGGGUGAAACGGACGAAGUGGAUGCGACGACGGCCGCUGCGUCCGCCGGAACGGCUGCUGCUGACGAGGGCGCAGGCACGCGGGGGCGCGGCCAGGCGGCGGAUGAAAGACAGCGCCGCGGGAAGAGCGUCGCUUCUCCCGCCGCUGCUCCCGCCGCCCGCGGGAAGAAGGGGAAGUGGCCUCGGCGGUCGCCACAAGAGCUAACGCGUCCGUCGUCAUCGCAGGGCGGGCCGUCCCAGCAGAUCGCCUCCGACGAAGUCCUUCCCGCCGGCGAACAAAUACCCGCCGACCGAGGGGCCGUGCAGGAACCAGGGAUGACGCCACCCGUGGAGCCGGGCUCCGGCAACCGCGCCCCGCCAGCAGCGACAGAGGUGGCGGCGGCAGCUGGUGAGAUCGUGCCCCCGCAGAUGGGAACCAGGCGCUCGGCGAGGCUGGGAGCGAUCACCUGGGGCCCGCCACGUGGCGGACGAACGCCGUGGAUGCCGGCAGGACGGGGGGGACUCAACGGCGCAGCAACAGGAACGGCAGGCGGAGCGGGGAGGGGAGCUCGCGGGGGUUUCCGCGGAGGCCUGAGAGGGGGACGGGGGGGGCGCAACCGGAUCCCCAGAUCUGAUAUUCCUGUUAGAACAGGCCCUUGGCGGGAACGCCACGACAGGCCGGAGAUGCAGGAAGCGGGAGCGAAUGAGGAGCGCGAAGGUUCUGACAACUCCAGGAAUGACCCAGAGUUUAUGGGUGGUGAGGAGGAGGAGUCUGAAGAAAUCUCCUUAGACGAUGAGGAGGAACCGGCAAGGAGAGCCACACAACGCCAGGAGAGGGCGGCGGGUGGAGAUGCCCCACAAAGUCUGGGGGGGGAAGGAGAACCAGCCACGGAGGACACCGAUGUGCCAUCGCCUGCCGACCUGGCAGGCAAGGAGGACAUCUGGCGGGCUGCGGGGGCCUGGAACGUGGAUAUCCUGUCUCGGGGGGACCAGCCGUUUCUCGUCCGCCGCCUGCCCCCACAGAUCCUGGACAGAUACUGUCCGGCUGCACGCCCCAAGGGGGGUGAGGCUCCCAGUGAGGGUCGGGAUCAGGAGUGGUUGGUGGACGCUCAGGCGAAUCCCAUCCACGCGGGUAAGGGCGACGGGGAGGGGGGAACCGGAAGGCGGUCUGCGGGACGGUUGGCACGAGGGGAUGCUGACGCCGAGGUUGCCGCCACGGGGGUGGCGCCGGCGGAGCAGGGUCUUCAACAAGCGCCUGAGGAGGAGCGACGGGAAGCGCAACUGGUACAGGAGGCGCCGUCUGGGGCGGCGCGGACUCGAUCGGCGGCGGCAGCGGCGGCGCUGGGGUCUCCGCCGAGGCCGGCGUUGACGACUGCGGCAGCAAGGGCACAGGCGCGGAGGCAGUUGACUGCGCCAACGGCUGAAGGGCCGUCCCAGACGCUGACGAAGUCUGCUGCAGCGACGUCACAGACUGGGACAUUGGGGGCGGGAGCUGCAGUGGCUGGGACUGCGCAGCCUGGUUUGGAGGGGACUGACCCAGUGGUCGGACCGCCGGCGGCCCAUACUGGCGCUGGGGACGAGGAGGGCGGCGGCGGCGGAAGGAUUGCCCGCGAGGCCGUAGUUGGGGAGGGGCCCGUCCCCGAGAAAACCGGAACAUCGGCUGGCGAGGAGCCGGUGAGGGAGGAGGAGGCUGGGCGACAGCGCCGCCAACCCCGGCCGCAACUACAUCCGCGGCGGCUCGGAGCAGGGCUGGGACUUGCCCGCCCUGGACCCCUUGCGGGAUGGGAGAGGCAAGAGGACUUGCCGGGCGGUCCGGCUGAGGAGGAGGUCGCCGCUUGCCUGUCAUCCGGCCGGCCGGUGAACGCGGCGGAGGAAACACGUGAGGAGGAUGCCGACCUGGCGGAGGGAGCGGACCAGGAGGAGGAAGUGCUACGCCGGGCGGAGGCAGAACGCAGGCGGAGGACUGGAACGAGCCGUCAGCGAGCACUGCAGGACCAGGCCGACGAUCGCGUGGCAGGCCUACAGCCGUCAAACGCGGCGCCGAGGGCGGCGGGUAGAGGCAGGGGGAGAGGGAGAGGCGGCCGAGAACUGGCGGGAGCGGUGGCAAGAGAAAAAGCGAGAUCUGGAAACUGGCGGGAAAGACACGCGAGGCCUGAGGAGCAGGGCGAAGGCCCAAUGAAUGAUGAAGAAGGGGAAGUGGGGUCAGAUUAUAUGGCCUCGCAAGAGGCCGAAUCUGAGGAUGCCUCGCUGGAAGCCGAACAGGGGGUACCCAUCCCAGCCACAGACAGGGGACAAGGGUCUAGGCGUGGAAGGAGGGAUGAGGGCGCCGACGUGGGGGAAUCUGCACCGCAGCAGCCCAUCGCGGGCGCCAACGUGGCGGCCAGCAAGGAGCGAAGUCCCUCUGCCAUCGUGGACGACGAGGGCACGUGGCUGAGGGUACACGCAUGGGAUCUGGGGCCACUGUAG